AUGUCUCUCCCCGAGAACACGACCGUGCUUGUUGUCGGUGCAGGCCCCGCGGGUGUCACAGCUACUCUUUCUCUCGCCCACCACGGGUGCCAUGACUUCGUUAUCGUGGAUGCCGUAGUCGAAAGACUGAGAACAUCAAGGGCGGUCACCAUACACUCUGCAACCGUCGAGAAGCAUUCCGCCCACCCUUACGCGCUAUAUAUCCCUCAAAAUGUAACGGAGCUUGUACUUGGGCAGACGUUGCAGAGCCUUGGUGUUCAAGUGCAACGUCCGCACAGGGUAGUAGGAAUGAAACAGAACGAGAAGGACUCUCGCGUCACCGACGUGUCCUUUGAGGACGGUCAAGUUAUCAGAGCUAGAUAUAUUAUCGGCGCAGAUGGUGCCCGCUCAAUUAUUCGUACCAUCGCCGUUGGGGAUGCAGCCCAUAUACAUUCCCCUGCUGGCGGUCAGGGCAUGAACCUGGGCAUGAGGGACGCGAACUUCCUUACAGAGGCUAUCACAAAGCAUAUUCAAGCUUCUGCAGAGAAUCCCGAUGAGGAUGAUGCCAUUUUUCAGGAAAUCGCGGACGCUCGUCACGCACGAGCACUAGAAACCAUCGGAUUUACCAAGACACUUUCGAAUCUCACAGGCCUUACGUACGAUCCAUAUGCUUGGUGGAUGCCGUUCAGUGGGGCCUCCGUCCGCGAUCUGGUGCUAAGGAUAUUGGGCGGAUUUGAUUGUGUGCAGUCGAAGGUUGCAUGGGGCCUGAGUGGGCUUGGAAGACGACUGGUGACCUGCAUAGUACUGGUCGGUCUAGCCCACUUGUACAUGGAUCAAUUCGAACUGGAACUGCGUCUUGAUCAGAUCAAGAUAAGCGAAAGCUUCGUCGAGGCCACAGUCCAGAUAUCCUGCAUGUACUAUCCGCAGAUCACUACUGUCGUCAUCACACUUGUUCCGUCGCCUGGAGAUGGGGAGAGCGUGAUGAGUAACAGCUUUAGUCCGAUACCUUGGAAGGCACUACAUACCGUUCAGUCGCUAUACACUCAGAGUAAUGGGGUAUCACUAUUACCUUAUUCCAUGAUUGCCGUUUGCACAGUCAAGGAAAAGGAAAAUGGCAUCCUGAUCCCCCAGCUUAGUGAAACACUUACGAAAGGUGGCGAGAUCGUACUCAAGUUAGCGCAGAAGGAAGGCGGGUUGCAUUGGAAGUUAGCUUUCCAUCCUCCGCUUUAUACUGAAAAGAACCUCCAUGAUAGUAACACGGGCAUCACUGCAGAACAAGUAUAUGUCUCAACCGAUUUUGGGGAUAAGCACGGCGACCAACGAGUCACGGUCGCCUCCGAUGUGUUGCAACAGACUACACGAACUCAAACUACACCUGCAUUUGAUAAUGACAAUUUCAUAAUCAAGAAUGAGUACGAGGAUACCAGGCUUGCUCUAUGCUUAAUCGAGGAGGAUGGUGAACGUCUGCCUAUCGUUGAUUUGGGCACACUCCCAAAGAAUCAGAUAUUCACAAUCAGUGGACCGUUAUAUCUACAAGCCUACGCCAUGGCAGAACAAAUGGUGGGAAAGCCGCUCGAAUUGACAGAUUGUGCUCCGUUACUAGGACCUAUGGCUGUAGUCGAUCUCCCCGAGUCUGCAUUUAUACUUUAUACCAAGCGAAACGGGUCAACCAUGCUUCAUCAGCCCUAG